AUGCCGAUAAUACGGCUGGAGGCGCUCGACCCGAUGUCACGAUGCUUAGCAGAUGAAUCCAUUGCCCGGAAAACGAUCCAAGGAUUCGGUUUCCCGCUUGGUGUCUAUCCAGUUGAGCCCAUGAAGCCGCAAGAGGGGUACAACUCCGACUUCGAGCAAGCGGACGGCGACGACGGCAUCGAGGAUGUCGAAGCGUGGCCCGAUCGCUAUGUCUACGACAUCGUCAUCAGCGCCCAAAGACUGCACGCACUCUGGGUACAGAUCUUCGCGCUUAUGCCGGGACGCGUGUAUCCGAUCUUGGAUUACAUCGGACACGACUGCUACCGCGAGAUUGACCCCUACAUCGCGUACGAACCCAUCGGACAGGAACGCGUCACCAACUUCCUCCAGCGCUACCACGACUUCUUCUUCGAAGACGGCAUGGUGGGAUUCGGAGCGGUCUCUGAAGACCCAUUCUUCUACGCGUUUGUCGAUGAGCACAAAAUACUGACCAUCCGUGUUGAACCUGAGCUGUGUCCGAAGAUCGAACAACUCCUUGCUUCAUUUGGCAUCGAAGCGGUCGAUGAGCCCGCAGGCGCCGACGCCGCGGCUCAUGAGCAUCGAUCGGUGCUGAUCACUCCCAAGGACCGUCCCGAUCUGCUCAAUGCGGAUGAAAUUGUGGAAGCCGCUCGUCAUCACUGGGGAUUGGUCCUUAAUGUCGAUCCGGAAUCAAACCUGGAUGAUGAGGGAAACGAUCUGGGGAUCACGCCGUUCCGUUGCCUUCUCCGCUACGAGACCGACCAGAACCCGACCGCCCAGUAUGCCGAGGUCCUCUGUACCGCAGCAUCAAUCCACGAAGCGGAGUCGCUGGCGCUCGAAGCGAUCGAGCAAUUGAUUGAGGAGCCAGAGACGGACAAGUCAACGACUGAUAUCUACCUGCUCAGCGCGGAUCGCGUUGAGCCGAAGGACAUCAGCGUUGAACCCGAGCAUUCCAAAAGUUCUAAACCGCUUCCCAAGAAGUACUUGCAGCAGCAGUCCAUACUGAGUGCUCGCUGGCUCACAGGCACCAAAUAA